UCUUCGCCGAGAAGAAACGUCACGGCCAGCUUUACAGGGGAGCCGUCGCCGUCCGCGAAUAGCCUCGAGGAGCGGCAACGAGGCGUCGGGACACCGACUAAUUCUCGGCGAAGCCGUCGGAGUUCGUCUGGCGCCGGGGCGCGAUGCACCACAGACGAAGACGUCGAUCGUGCGUCCGGGUUCAGUAGUGAAGACUAGCCAAGGAGGGCGAGCGCGGUCCAGCUCUCGCGAUGUUCACCUUCUACCAGAACUUCAAUGCCCGUCGGGAGGAGAAUGAGCUUCAGCGCGAGGCCGAGCUCACCGGGCAUGACCGCUUCUGUCAGCAUCGGCCAGGAGCCGCUAAUCGACGCAAGCGUCGAGGACCACCGGGCCGCAGGACCCAGAGCGCCAUCGAGAUCGAGUGCAACAACGACGCCUUCGCCACGGUCAGGAGCGUCCUGCUACGGAAGGAGAAGAGCGCGAGCGUCGAGGAGGACGAGGAGGAGGACGCUGCCAAGGGCUAUUAUCAGCUGACAAGCAAGAUUGACAGUUUGGCGAAGAUGCUCUUCAGCCGGGUGCACGCGGUUAAAGGCUGCAAGGAUCAGAACGACGGACCAAGAGGCAAUGGACGGCAGCAGUACAUGGCCCUCGAGCAGCAGCAGCUGCAGCAGCAACGUCGUCGUCUAGGGGCCGGUACCGAGGUGUCACCGAUGGCCGGGGCCACGACGUUCGGACUCGAGAGCACGACCGAGAGCUUGGAAAUGGAAAAGAGAUCGAGAGAUCGUGCCCUAUCGAUUUGCCGUAUCUACACUCGAGAAACCUCGCGAUUCAGCCUCUUGAAGCAUCUCAACAAUGUCGUAUUGUUCAUCUUAUUUCUUAUUUCAUUGCCUUGAACAAAAGGAUCGCGCGUAGAUAAACACUGGUUCGCCGUGAGGGAUACUUUGUUGAAAACGGAUAGACUACUUACUCUCGCACCCCUCAGCCGCAACUGCGCCCUCAACAUCAAUCCCUCUACCCGUGACAUUCUCAAUAAGCUAUUCUUGACGCUCCAGCAUCCAUACAUAUGCCCGAUAUUCGAGCUGGAUUUUAUCCAGUACGAGAACAAUAAUCACAUUGUCCUGGUCCAGCCAAUCAAUCAGGGCAGUUUGAAGGAUAUCAUUUACGGGAUAGAGCGAAAUUGUUGGAACGAGGACUGGACGCUAAAAUAUGGCAGUCGAGGUAAGGGCCUACCAAUCCCGCAAAUUCAGCGUAUGGGUCGCCAGGUGCUGGAGGCUUUGGUCUUCCUCAAGGAACGGGACUUCCCAACCGUCGCCCACCUACACUCGGGUAACGUGAUUGUGCAGAACGGUGUCGCUCGACUUGCCGCCCUUGAAAAUACUCUGCUGGGUUUCACCAGCCGUAUCUACCCAGUCAUCGCGUCGCGUUUACGCAACAGCAGAAACCAAUUGACGCCAGAGGCCAUUGACAUCAUUUCCUUCGGUCACAUGCUUUUCGAAAUGACAGCUGGCUAUGAGUUAUGUACUUUCGAACCAACUGCCGUAAAUCUUUCAGACAUUCAUAAAUAUCCACAGGUAUUGGAAUGCCUAGAUUUUAUAUUUGAACGACAAACACAAGGAUUGAAUUAUCCCAAUAUAGAAGAAUUAAUACUUCAUGAUCUAUUUCGCAACAUUGAUCUUCGUGAAAUGAGAAAUGCUUCUAUUAACAUUUUCCGUCCAGAUACAACAAUUCCGAUAUCGACAAUUCUCGAUGGUAUAAAAAAAGCACCUGUCAAACGAUUAUCAAAUAUCGAUUCUGAGGAUAUGAUAUCGCUAAGCAGUCCUGAAAGCGAGCGCAAAGACAAUAGCUCAUUGCUUGCCCAAAUCUACAAGGAACUUUCCAUCACGUCCGUUUGAAUUAAAUUCCAUCAUAAUACGCGACACGACACGCAACACAUGCGGGCAAGAAUGCUCGGGCAUGUGUAUCCAGGUGCGCGCGCUUACAUUCGUGGUUGUGUGCAUACGCGUGUAUUCUUAAUUCCAAUGGAAGCGUCUUUUUAAUAAAAUAAAAGCAUAAAAAAGAAAACAAGUUUUUACAUAUUGGAAACCCAUCUAUUAAAUUGCUUUUAUAAAGAAAUUCGACAUGAUCAGAAUGUAGUCAGUAUUUAUUAAUUUUUCAAA